AUGAACCUCACAACACGCCUAUCAGAUGCUCGACAAUGGCUUGAUAAGAAUUUGACCUAUGAUCAAGACCAAGACGUGAACACAUUCGAGACCACAAUACGUAUGCUCGGGGGCCUGCUGUCCGCUCAUUACCUAUCCACUCAGUUUCCAGAUGCUUCCUCCGGGCGAGACUCCGUUUAUCUGUCUAAAGCAGUCGACUUAGCAGAUCGACUGCUCGCAGCAUAUGACUCGGGGUCGGGGAUCCCUUAUGCCAGCGUCAACCUAGCAAAACGAGAAGGGAUCCGCUCGCAUGCUGAUGGCGGUGCUUCAUCUACUGCUGAGGCAGCCACUGUGCAGUUGGAGAUGAAGUACCUAUCCCAUCUAACAGGAGACAAUGUGUAUUGGCGCAAAGCUGAAAAGGUGAUGGAGGCACUCGAUAGCCACGGUGUGAAGGGUGGUCUUGUCCCCAUAUUUGUGCAUCCGGAUACUGGGAGGUUCCGACAUAAAACUAUCCGGCUCGGAAGUCGUGGCGAUUCGUACUAUGAAUACUUGGUCAAGCAAUACCUGCAGACUAACGAAUCCAUCUACGGGGAGAUGUGGGAAGAGGCGCUGACCGGGAUCCAGAAGCAUCUUCUUACGUCCACCAAGCAUUCCAACCUCCAAUACAUAGCAGAGCUUCCAAGCGGCAUUGGUGGUCGUCUUUCCCCGAAGAUGGACCAUCUCGUUUGUUUUCUCCCAGGAACCAUUGCAAUUGGUGCUACGGAAGGGUUAACUGAAGCCGAGGCCCGCAGAACUGAACACUGGAAUGCUCAAAAAGAGGAGCAGAUGCGUCUCGCAAGGGAGCUAACGAAGACAUGCUGGGCGCAAUAUGCAGUCACAGAGACGGGGCUAGCACCGGAAAUUGUAUGGUUCGAGACAGAAGAUUCCGACCUUGAGCCAUCUUCAAAAUCAAAUGCGCCUCGACCCUCAAGCAGAGACGACUUAAACUCCUGGAUUAAGGAUAUCAACAUCAGACUAAUAGAUGCCGAUAACUUGCAACGUCCAGAGACUGUGGAAAGCCUCUUCUUAAUGUACCGUGUUACGAAAGACCCGAUAUAUCGACAAUGGGGAUGGGAGAUAUUCAAGGCAUUCCAAAAGCACACGCGGGUAAAGGACGGGGAGGGUUAUACAUCACUCAGUGAUGUCACGAUAGUUCCUCCGAAGAGGCGUGAUGAUAUGGAGAGCUUUUGGCUGGCGGAAACCUUGAAAUACCUCUAUCUCCCCUUCUCACCGAGUGAUUUUCUCCCAUUGACUGACGUGGUGUUCAACACCGAAGCUCAUGUGUUUCCACGCCUACGUCAGGCAGAGUACAAGACUGGUUGGGCUAGAAGACGGAGGACGUGA